GACAGAUCAGAGCGAUUGUAGGGCAUGAUGCAUUUAGCUGCCUAACGUCGCUGUGCGCACACCGCAGCCAGCUGAAAGAGAACACGCUCGUACUACACGCAUCCAUACGCAUUCACACGCAUCCCACCCCACACACACCACGCGUGUGUGGGGACAGCGCAGAUGAAGAGGUGUGGAUCUUUCCAGAAGUGUGUGCUAAGGCAGGGGACAGCUUUGGUGGCCAUAGCCCAGCAAAAGCAGUCGUAGGUGGGGAAGGGUCGGACAGCCGACCACCUCCUAGGGCUGAAGAUAUUCUUUUUCAUCAAGCCUCUGGAAUUCCAAAGAUGGACAUCUUCCUCUCAUCCUUCACCCUUCUUUUCCUCACAUCAGUGUGUGCUUCCUCUGAGGUGCGUCGCUGUCGCCGGGCUUGUUUGUCAGCCGUGUGUGUGAGCCCAAGUGUGUCCGAGGGGGGAUUUGACAACGUACGGUGUUGAGAAACACACAUUUAACACACCUGGAGAUCAGCUGUACUUGGAGAUUCACCGACACUGCAGUCUCUCUGCUCUGGUGAAGGAUGGAUCCUAGCGAAGACGAGUGCACACGUUUCCUGCAGUAUGUGGAGGACAACGGUCUGAGGGCUUAUGACGAGCUGGUCAUCCAGAAUGCCUCUGACAUUGCCCGAGAGAGCGAUCGCAUCCGCAACCACACGCACUGGACAUACCUACAGGAGAAAAACCAGAAGAAGAGACGGCAAGAAGAGGCUAUCAAGAGGAUUGGCGAGGACGUGGCCCGGGUGACAGAAGGAGGGGGUUAUGCAGGUAAACACUUUCGCAUGGGCUUUAUGACGAUGCCGGCCCCUCAGGACCGUAUUCCUCCUCCUUGUGGGCCGGGUUUCACCGUGCGCUCACAGUCUCUGCACUCAGUGGGUGGGGGAGAGGAGGAGGGGAGCCCCACAUCCCGAAAACAGCCCCCUCCAAAACCCAGACGAGAUCCCAAUACCAAACUCAGCACUUCCUCAGAGACCGUCAAUGCUGGGCUUAGCACAGGGAACGGCGGGAAGGAGACAGAGAAAUGUGAUGCAUCUAAAUCCCGUCCCUGCAGUGAGGAGUACCGUCGCAUGCCUCCGCCUAAACCCAAACGCAACCCUAAUACCCAGCUCAGCACGUCCUUUGACGAUUCCUACACCCAAAACCAUGUAAGCAAGGCCAAAUCUGCCUCUCUGCCUCGACGACAGAAAAAGAAGUCGGCAUCUCAGAAUCAAAGCCCGGCCCCGGACACUGACGAGGAGGUAGAACCUGUAUAUAUAGAAAUGGUUGGAAACAUUUUACGAGACUUUAGUCGGAUUUCCGGAGCCAACGGUGAUGAGGAGGACGAUCAAGGUGAAAGUGUGUACGAGGAAAUGAAAUAUCCUGCCUACGAUGAUAUUGCUUCAUCGUUAGACCACACCCAAUCACGCUGGGAGCAGUGCCCCACUCCUUUGGUGCCAGAAGUAGAACUUACACGACCAACCACUCCACGUGGUUCACUCUGUGACAUUCCUGCCCCCUUCCCAAAUCUGCUUUCCCAUCGCCCCCCACUUUUGGUGUUUCCACCAGCACCUGCCCAGUGUUCCCCCAACUCUGACGAGUCCCCUCUUACCCCACUAGAGGUCACCAAACUGCCCAUGCUGGACAAUGUUGGAUAUGGCAAACCUGGUGCAUCCCCAACUUCUGCAGACCCUGGGCAACCAUUGGAAGCUCAGCAAGUGUCUGGUAAACACCACCACCAUCAUCACCAUCAUAAGAAGUCAGCAGAGACUAAGGAGCAACAGACGAUCACAGCAUCAGGACGUUCUUCUGCCCCACCCCUGACAUCUGCACUGUACAAAAGUGGCGGAUCAUCCACAGCGCACGGUUACCCACGGAGCCACUCCGCUUGUCCAUCUCCUGUUAGUAUGGGUCGUGCACUAACGCCCCUCACCUUAAAACGGCCCCCACCUUACGACGUUCUCAUGACUGGUACAAUCCCUCGCAGUGCAUCUGGGGUUCCGCAUGGAAGUGGACGGCUCUCAAACUCGUCCAGUGUGCAUGGGGGCUCCAUGCAAAAUGUUUCCACAGCUUCGGGUUCAGGGGGGUCUAGUUCAGGAUCAGGGGGUCGAGGCUGUCGUACACCCACCAGUCCGUUGGAUGAGCUUAGCAAUUUGUUAACCUCAGGACGGAACAAGCUGAAGAAAGGUUCUGGAGGACGCAAGAGCAAAGAGUCAGCAGAUGGUGAAAGUAAAGGCAGAAGUGACAGUAGGGAUAGAGCUCUUCGUAGCUCUCCUCCAAAAUCACAAGAUUGGGAAACGCCCACAGGACAAUCAUCCACACCCACAGCCACGCCCAGUCGGUUCGGCCGCUCUUCCGUCAGCCCGACCACCAUGCUUGGAGAAUCAAAAGCCGGGUGUAAACUUGGUCGCUCUGCCUCCACAUCAGGAGUCCCCUCCCCUGUUGGAACACCUCAAAGGCACGCCCCAGACCUAUUGGCCCAUCAGAGCGGGAGCCCGUGCCAGAUCCCUCCAAUGCCUUGGGCAUGUGGGGACAGCACCAUGAUGGAGAUGAUCGAGAAGAAACGCCACCUCUGCAAGGAGAUAAAAGCCAGACAGAGACCGACAGACAAAGCUCUCUGCAAGCAGGACAGCAUGCCCAUCCUCCCCAGCUGGAAGAAGACCAAUGGGGGAAAGAAAUACGGCCCUCCUCCUUACUCCACCCAAACCACUGUAUUUUGGGACACUGCUAUAUAAUGGGUGACCAGUAGACUGCAGCCAUGGAGAUAAACUGACACACCCACUUGGGGGCAUGUCAAAACAUUGAUUGAAAGCUAGCAGGAUGAAAAAAAAGCAGGAUUACGUGAAAUAUACCUGAAGGAUUAUCAGAUCUCCGCUGUUUAUAUUUAAUAUUUUUAUAUCAGAAAUAACUGUCUUAAUAUUAAAUAUGAUUAAUAUGAAAAGCGGAGUCAGAAUAGUAUACUUUUACCCAUAAGAUGAUAUUUGUCCUCUUCAGAAUGGAUAUUUAUUUUCUAUCCUUUUUUUGGGGUGUUUAUAUAUAUUUGGCACACAUCUGUGUGUCUGGGGAAAUAAUCUAUAAUGUGUGGUGAAAUAUGUGCAGUAAUUCCAUUGAGAACAACAUUGUUUUUUAUGGCUAUGCAUUUGGUUAUACAGCAUGGAUGGUGUUUUUGUUAUUUAUUUAUUUUUUUGUAUGCAGAGUUUAUUUGGAAAUAAUACAUUUUUGGUGUCUGUAUUUAAAAUGUUGGAUUGUGAGGUGUCAGGCCUAUGAUUUCUGGGAUGGACUUGAAGAUGAUUGGUUGUUGGUUUGAUUAGAUUGGUUAUUACUGUAGAGAUUGGGCUGUUUAUGGAUUUUAUUGAGGUUGUUGGUCAGAUAAACUGUGAGGUACUGGGCACUUCCUGUCACUCUUGUGAGGUCAGCAGGUGCUGUUAAUUGUGAGUCUUGGAAACUCAUAAAUACACACUAAUAUCAGCUGCUUUAUGACCUAACGUUUGGUGCUGUUCAACUCCUUUCUUGAAUGUUCAACCUUAACAGCUACAUGACAGUCAUACAUACUAUAA